AUGCCAAUUAAGAAAGUUGCUGCUUUGCAAGUCGGAUCUGCCGCAACCACCCAACAGACCCUUAAAAAAAUCUUAUCUUACGAGUCUCAGCUUGUUGAAGAGAAGAUUGAUCUUGUGGUGAUCCCAGAAGCUACCCUUGGUGGAUACCCUAAGGGAAGUACUUUUGGAUCUUACCUUGGUUACAGAUUACCAGAAGGCCGUGAACAGUAUUUGCAAUACUACAACCAGGCCAUCGAGGUCCCAAAUUCUCCAGAAAUCCUCGCCUUGGAAACCUUUUCCAAAAAUAUCCUGGCUACCGUCGCCAUCGGGGUGAUUGAAAAAGGUGGAUCUUCAUUAUACUGCACCUUGGUGUACAUCGAUCCUAAGCUCGGAUACGUCGGUAAGCACCGUAAAUUGAUGCCAACCGCUUCUGAAAGAUUGGUUUGGGGUAGUGGUGAUGGGUCCACCAUGCCAGUGGUCAAGAGUGCCGUUGGUAAUCUCGGUGGGGGGAUCUGUUGGGAAAACUACGUUCCAUUGUUCAGAUAUGCCUAUUAUGCUAAAGGGGUUGACGUGUGGGUGGCCCCAACCGUUGAUUCUAGAGAAAUCUGGCAAGUUUCCAUGAGAACUAUUGCUUACGAAGCCAGAAGUUUUGUGGUCAGUGCCGUGCAAUUCCAACCUCCAGUGGCUGAUGACAAAACCCCAGAAGGAUGGGUGAAAGGUGCCAAUUUGAUCAAUGGUGGUAGUAUUAUCGUCAACCCAAUGGGUGAAGUCUUGGCUGGUCCUUUGGUUGGUAAAGAAGGGUUGUUGACUGCGGAAAUCGAUACUGAUGAUGUGAUCAGAGCCAGAUUUGAUUUCGAUCCAGCUGGACACUACUCCAGAGGUGAUGUUUUCAGCUUGACUGUCAAUGAGGCCCCAAAAGAUGUUCAAUUUGUAAAUAAAUGA